AAUAUAUCUUUGAAUCUGCUUGAAAGAUUCAAAGAUUUAUUAUUAUUAUUAUUCAACACGAAACAGACAGAUUUAUACCGUUAGUUUACAUCAUGUAAUGGCUGUGUGUAGAUCCUGUCGUGUUACACGACAUGUAAUGAACGUAACGUAUAUACACCAAAUAUACACAUACUCCAAUAUACGCGUGCACAUAUUAUAUACAUACACACACAUUAGCGACAAAUCGACAUAUAUGUAUGUGUAUCAUGCUCUGAUCAUGCUGUAAAGGUAUGUAAGGCUACUUAGGCUGGCUUAUAAAUGGAGUUACUAUCCGUCAUCUGCAAGGACCGCAUGUAAAAGUAUUUUUACCCUGAUAGUACUAUCGUCCACGAUUAUGGUGUUUGCAUUAGGAUCGGAUUGUAGCGGGGAUCCUUGCAUGUACGGAAUCUGUUUGGACAACGAGAACAGUACCUAUUCUUGCUACUGUAUCGACGGUUACACGGGAAUUAAUUGCGAAAUUAAUUGGGAUGAAUGCUGGUCGGAUCCUUGUCUUAAUGGUGGCACAUGCAACGACGGGGUUGCCGCAUAUAAUUGCAGUUGCCCUGAUGGUUUCGUAGGUGUGAAUUGUGAGCAAAGAUACAGCGAGUGUUCAAAUCACCCGUGUCUCAACAAUGGGACCUGUAUCGAUUACGACGGCGUCACUUGCCAAUGCCUGGAUGGAUAUUCAGGAGAUUACUGCGAGAUCGACGCUUCGGUCUGCAAUGAGACAAUGUGCAAAAAUUCCGGCGAGUGCGUCGAAGGGCCUGGUUUCUCUUUCUAUUGCCGUUGUCGCGAAGGAUGGACCGGUACCCUCUGCGAAAUAGACAUUGACGAAUGCUUGGAAUCACCAUGCAAAAAUGGUGGUCUCUGCAUCAAUGUUCCAUCCUCUUAUACUUGCGCUUGUUUAUUCGGUUUUACUGGCAAGGACUGUGACAAGGCAAUUGUACCCUGCAAGGAAAAUCCCUGCCAAAAUGGAGCGGUAUGUCUGUUGGAAGACGAUCGUCCAGUUUGUUACUGCGUGCCCGAUUAUCACGGCGCACUUUGUGAGCUAAGAUACGACGAUUGCGAAUCGAAAUUCGCACAGUGCGACAACGGAGGUACCUGUAUCGAUGGUAUCAAUAGUUUCACAUGUUCGUGUCCACCGAAUUACGGUGGUCUCAUGUGCGAGCAUAGCUUCCUCUCGACGACUACCGUAGAAAUGGAAGGCACAUCCGAGCACGGAACGAGUCCAGUUAAAGUUACAACUGCUAUAGUUUCACCUAGGGACUCGACUUUGACAGUGGACACUUUUGCAUCUUUGUCGACUGUCAGCUUUACUACUUCCCCGCAAAUAAGUAGUUCAUUUUACACGAAGAAAUAUACAAUUAUAGAAAAAACCACGACGUCAGAAUACGAGGCUUCUAGCAUUAGCGGUGAGAGCAAUAUUUUUCUUACUGAAGUUCCAUCUAUGAGUUCGACUGGUAAAGAGUCAACUCGAGAUGAUUUCAUUACGUUGGAGCCCGUAACGAUGUCGCCCACUACCGAAGGCUAUUUCCAUGAGACUGAAAUAAGAAGUACUGAAGUUCAUUUGCCCACUGGAAGAUCGAUUCACGAUGGCGAAGUAACAAGAGAGCCUGGUGAUUAUGAUCAGGCAACAAAGAUACAUCCACCGGUUUCUGACAGAGUGGAUGAAAGUACAACGGAAUACACGAUCAGUUCUAGUCAACAGUCCACGACGGUGGACAUAGAAGAAGGCCAAAAAGACGAUAGAACUGAUACAAGCGUUAUCAUGGAUCACGCUACCGAUGUAACGCUUUCCAUCAAUACAACUCUCCAACACACGACGGAUUCGGUACUAAAUAGAACGUUCGAGCUUGGAACUACGAUCAUGGAUACGCCUAGAACUGUUCUAUCUUUAACUACCUCAACACUGCCAUCAAUAUUAUCUUCAACUGUGAGAAUCGAUACAUCUUCCUCGUUAACAUCUACUAGCGUAUCCUCAUUAAGUCAAACCACUGCCACUGAUAUUAGCGAAAUUAGCACUACAGAAAUCAGCGCUUGUCGCGGAAAUCAAUGUUCCACGAGCACUACUGCGCUAACACCGCGAAAUGUUACUGAAUAUUCAGAUGGCUGCAAGACAGAUUCCACUAUUACGCAAGCAGCCUUUAACGGCAAAUCUUUCAUUAGACAACGCGUCGAAGUAAUAAUGACUGAUAGUAAUAGUGCGACGCUCCAACUUUACGUUAAGCUUAGAACGGCAUUUAAGAACGGAAUUAUAUUGCACGUUUACUUUGAUAACGAAAGAUAUUCUUUGGUAUACUUGGAACUUGGAUCAUUGAAAUUCCAAUUUUCUUGCGGCCUAGAAACUAUGUUACUCGGUGAAAUCGAUGCCAUUAUCGAUAAUGGAUUCGAAGUAGACAUUGAUAUGAGCUUUCAAUAUGUUGCCAAUGAUGAAAAUGAAAAAUGUUUUGCCAAAUUGCUGGUCAAUGGCACUAUGGCUGUGACUGGCGAGCAAAUACUGCCACAACGAGGAAUGGUCCCAAAAUACGCUAAUUUGUAUAUAGGAGGCAUUCCAUUAACAUUCUCACAUUAUUUUCCUCAUGUAGCCAUGGGAUUCAUUGGUUGCAUGAAUUCUUUAAAAGUAAAUGACGUUUCGCGACAUUUUAUCCAUGAUUCCAUAGAAACAUUUCAAAUCGAAGAGUGCACAUCGUUUUUGUGUUUGUCAAAUCCAUGUCAGAAUUUCGGUGCCUGUGAGGAAAGCGAAGGAAGAAUUCGUUGUAAAUGUAUAGCGGGGUAUACUGGGCCUUUAUGUGAACAUUCAGCAUGCAACGACAAUCCCUGCUCAAUGGGUGCGACGUGUGUAAGCUCACCGGGAACUGGUUUCAUCUGCGUUUGUCCGCUCGGCAGUCGCGGGCUUUUCUGCGAAGAAGAUGCCAUCCUAGUGCGGCCGGCUUUCUCGGUCCUCGUUCCUGGCUUCGCGUCGUAUAUUGCUUAUGGUAUAUCGACUUCGAUAAAAGACACAAUGGAGCUGAAGCUGCGACUCAUCCCGCGUACAUUCGAUCAAAUCUCCCUGAUAGCAUACCUCGGACAGAGAAGCUCGCGCCGUGACGUCUCGGACCAUCUUUCAAUAACGUUCGUGCGUGGCUACAUUAUGCUUACGUGGGAUUUGGGUUCCGGAGUACGAAGAAUCUUUACUAGUGAUUCGUUGAGCUCUUUGAACGUAGCAGGAUCGGCUAGUAAAAGUAAAACGUAUACCCUUCGAGUCGGAAGGAGAGGCAAGGAAGCGUGGCUCGCUGUAGAGGGUCUCAAAAAUGUGACCGGUCAGGCCGUAGGAUCUAUGACUCAACUCGAUGUAUCACCCGUUCUCUAUAUUGGUGGUUACAAAUCUAAAAAUUUUGAAACAUUGCCGCAUGAUCUACCUCUCCAUACUGGUUUUUCCGGAUGUAUAUUCGAUGUCGAACUACGUACAGACACAAUAAUUCUUCCACUGACUGGCUCUAGUCCUGCCACCGGUCGUGGCGUAGGUGAAUGCAAUCGCAGUGAAUGCAUUCGCCAUUCAUGCAAGAAUGGCGCGGUAUGUUUACAUCACGGAGCAUCAUACAGUUGCAUUUGUACAAAGGAAUGGGUUGGGCCUGAUUGUUCUAUUCCUAUCUGAUUCGUCACUGGAAAUGAUCUUUUGGAUGCG